AUGGCGCCCAAGAUCGACCCCAACGAAGUGAAGAUCAUUUACCUGCGUACCACCGGUGGUGAGGUCGGUGCCCCUUCGGCGCUUGCGCCCAAGAUUGGCCCUCUUGGUCUUGCCCCCAAGAAGGUUGGUGAAGACAUUGCCAAGGCCUCCAGUGACUGGAAGGGUCUCAACGUCACUAUACAGCUUACGGUCCAGAACCGCCAGGCCCAGGUCGCUGUUGUGCCUUCCGCCUCGUCUCUGGUCAUCAAGGCCCUGAAGGAGCCCCCGCGUGACAAGAAGAAGGUCAAGAACAUUCAGCACAGCGGCAAUGUUCCUCUUGAUGAGAUCAUUGAGAUUGCCCGGACUAUGCGCUACAAGUCCAUGGGCCGUAACCUCGCCAGCACAGUCAAGGAGAUCCUCGGUACCGCACACAGUGUCGGCUGCACGGUCGACAAGAAGCACCCCCACGAUGUCAUUGAGGGUAUCGAUGAGGGCAGUAUUGAGAUCCCCAUGGAGUAA